AUGUGUGGCCCCAUCAGAGGGCUGCUUCUGGCGUUAGUGGUGGAAUUUGGGACGGUGGUAGCAUUUGUAUCCAUACCCCGGCUGACCUGGGAGCUUGGAGAAGUAGAACUGAUGCAGUUUCAUGAGCCAGGCAUAUCCAACUACUCAGAGCUGCUGCUGAACAAGUACCAGGACAUAUUGUAUGUGGGUGCCCAGGAGGCCAUCUUUGCACUGAAUGCACUCAACAUCUCCCAGAAGCAGCUGGAGGUACACUGGAAGGCCUCAGAUGAGACAAAAGCAGACUGCAUAGAAAAAGGCAGAUCAAAAGAGAAAGAAUGCUUCAACUAUGUUCGAGUGUUGCAGCACUUAACAUAUGAUACCCUGUAUGUGUGUGGGACCAAUGCAUUCAAGCCCACAUGUGACUAUGUGAACAAAAAAUCCUUUAAAUUUCUGUGGUCAGAGCAAGAUGGCAGAGGAAAGUGUCCCUUUAACCCUUCACACACAUAUACAUCUGUCAUGGUUGAUGGAGAGCUUUAUGCUGGGACAACAUAUAAUUUUUUGGGAAGUGAGUUCAUCAUCUCCCGAACCUAUUUCUCCAGUCAUCUGCGGACAGAGUCUGACAUCCCAUGGCUACAUGAGCCUAACUUUGUCCAUGCUGAUGUGAUAAGAAAAACUCCCUCUGGUUACAAGAGUGAUGAGAACAAAGUCUACUUUUUCUUCAAUGAAGUGUCUGUGGAGUAUGACUUUUUUUUCCAGUUAAAGAUUCCCCGCAUUGCAAGAGUGUGUGUGGAUGACCAGGGUGGCCAGAAAAUCUUGCAGAAUAAGUGGACAUCCUUCCUGAAGGCCAAGCUACUCUGCUCCCAGCCAGACCUAGGCCUGAUCUUCAACAUAUUGAAAGAUGCCUUUGUACUGCGCCACCCAAGAUCCAAGGAACCUGUUAUCUAUGCACUCUUUACACCCCAACUGAACAAUGUGGGUCUGUCUGCAGUCUGCACCUAUGCACUGUCCACGGUGGAGGCAGUGUUCUCUCGUGGAAAAUACCUGCAGAAAUUCUGUGUGGAUUCCUACCCCAAGUGGGUUAUUUACCAUGGUGAGGUGCCCACACCUCGGCCUGGAAUGUGCAUUAACAGUGAGACACGGGCAGCCAACUACAACAGCUCUUUGGAUUUACCAGACAAAACACUGCUGUUCGUCAGAGACCACCCUUUGAUAGAAGAGUCAGUAACUCCAAUAGGCAACAGACCCAUAUUAGUAACAAAAGAUGUCAACUACACCCAGAUCGUGGUGGACAGGACCCGGGCCCUGGACAAGAACUUCUAUGAUGUCAUGUUUAUCGGCACAGCACGGGGCACCCUGCACAAAGCUGUCCAACUGGAGAAGGGCAUGCACAUCAUUGAGGAGACACAGCUUUUCAGGAACUCUGAGCCAGUCCAAAACCUCUUGCUGUCUUCAAAGAAGGGCAGCAAGUUUGUCUAUGCCAGCUCCAACUCAGGAGUGGUCCAGGUUCCUCUGGCCUUCUGUAGGAAGCACAGCAGCUGUGAGGAGUGUGUGCUGGCACGGGACCCUUACUGCAUCUGGAGCCCCUUUAAGGCUGCCUGUGUGGCUUUCUCUGAGGCUCUGAACUGCACCAGGAG